AUGCCUGCUCCCUGUGUGGCCUCUCCAAAAUGUCCGAGAUACAUCCCUGCACCUCCAACUGAAGAGAAAUUGGACUUUGCCGAUCUUGCGAUCAUUGACCUCGCCAAGGCACAGACUCCCAAAGGACGUGCAGAGAUAUAUCCGCAAGUUCGCGAUGCCCUACGGACUAAUGGUUUUAUGUACGUUGUCAACCAUGGAUACACACAAGCUCAGCGCGAUCGUUUCUUCGACAUAGCAGACGUACCAUUCUCUGUGGUACCUCCAGAGGAGAUGAAAACAUAUAGAGCAACCAUUGAGAAAGUGGGGGAAUACCAAGGGUUCAAGCCCCGUAGAUAUUGGCACGUCGAUACCGAAAAUAAAGUCCUUGACCAGAUUGAGCAAUACGGAAUCAACAGAAAUGUGUAUUUGCGUCCUCAUCCCCAAGCACUACGCCCUUUCCUCCCAGAACUCGAUGCAUUUGCAAGGCACAAUCAUAUCAACAUUCUUCAUCCUAUCCUAAGGCUUCUAGCUCUGAGUCUCGAGCUUCCAGAGGACACGCUAGUGAAGAAACACACAUUUGAUGCGAACGGAGUAACAGCCAUGCGCUAUCCACGAUCUGAAGAAGAAGAGAGGCUAGCUAACAAUGUAUGGUUCAAGGGACAUACUGAUUACGGGAGUGUCACAAUUUUAUGGAGCCAGCCGGUUAGUGGUCUGCAGAUCCUCUCAAAGGAUGGAAAAUGGAAGUGGGUACAGCAUAUGGACAAUGCCCUGGUAAUCAACACGGGCGAUACAAUGGAGUUCUUAUCGGGUGGAUUCUAUAAACCCACUAUCCAUCGUGUUGUGCAGCCUCCCAAAGAUCAACGCAGUUAUAGCCGUCUUGGAGUCUUCUAUUUCUCUCUUCCGAAUGAUGACGUCAGGUUGCUUCCGUGUACUGAUAGCCCGGUGUUGCAGCGAAUAGGUAUAGAACGAAAGUGUGCAGACGAAGAUGCACCCCUUGCUGGGAAUUGGAUGAAAGAAAGGAGUGUAGCGUAUGGUAGGAAAGAGCUCAAGAAAGGAAAAGAGGAAGGAGUAGAAGAAGAGUUAAUCAAUGGAAUUGUUGUAAAGCAUUACAACUGA